AUGAGGCAAGCAGACAUUGUGUACCACCUAAAGAAGCACCUGAGUCUGAUCCAGUCUCUGGAACCAGCUGCCAGUUUGCAGAGGGACAGAGGAGCCAUUAAACUGGACCCUGGGUGUGCAUUUGGCAACGUCAGACUGGGAGGCUGGGUGAACAUGAAGAACAGCCGAGUGGAGGACAAUGACAACAACCUCGGGGGAGGGUUACCUGCCCAUCAGAGCCGCUUUGGACAGAAUCCUGCUUCCCCGGUAGCCCUGCGGGCCGGGACCGUGGAGGACGUGAAGCUGGAGUUCCCCUCGCUCCCACAGUGCAAAGAAGACGCCGAGUGGACCUACCCUAUGACAGAGAUGCAGGAAAUUUUGCCUGGAUUAUUUUUAGGCCCAUAUUCUUCUGCCAUGAAAAGCAAGCUACCUAUACUACAGAAACAUGGAAUAACUCAUAUAAUAUGUAUAAGACAAAAUAUUGAAGCAAACUUUAUUAAACCCAACUUUCAACAAUUAUUCAGAUAUUUAGUCUUGGAUUUUGCAGAUAAUCCAGUUGAAAAUAUAAUACGUUUUUUCCCCAUGACUAAAGAAUUUAUUGAUGGGAGCUUACAAAGUGGAGGAAAAGUUCUUGUCCAUGGGAAUGCAGGGAUCUCCAGGAGAGAUGCAUUUGCUUACAUUCAAGAAAGAAGAUUUUGUAUUAAUCCUAAUGCUGGAUUUGUCCAUCAGCUUCAGGAAUAUGAAGCCAUCUACCUAGCGAAAUUAACAAUACAGAUGAUGUCACCACUUCAGACAGAAAGGUCGUUAUCUGUUCAUUCUGGCACCACAGGCAGUUUGAAGAGUAUACAUGAAGAAGAAGAUGAUUUUGGAAACAUGCAAGUGGCGACUGUGCAGAAUGGCUGA